GUAAGUGAGCAGCUUGUGAUGCGUUGACUUUUGUUUCGGUUCUCGGGUGAUGGGGUGCGUGGCGUGGUUCUUCGUGGCGUCAUGGUAGGGAGUGCGAACAUCGGGAGGGAAUGGGGAGCGGGAAGCUUUGCAACGCCGCUCGACGCGCGCACGCGUACCUCACGAAUAGUCCGAAACCUUCCCAACAUCUCCCAUCCACAGAAAUCCGGGUCGAACCGACAGAAAGUUGCGUCCCCCUUAACGGCGUGCGCGCAGGGCGUUUUUCGCGAUAGUGUACGGUAGGCACACGGACUGGGAAACGUGGGGGAUUGGUCACAUGCAAGACAGAGACAGGGAGGUGGAGCACCUUUCUGGAUUGUUGAAGAGAGGUACCCAGCUGACGGAGGAGCAUGUCUGUAUCAUCAAGUCGAAGCUCACCAAUAAGCUCGAUAAGGUGGGCGUACCCGUGUGCCUAGCGGUGCCGUUCCGCCUGUUGCGGCCCGAAUCGUUCACCGCAAUUCUCGACGUUGUUGCUUGUUCGUCGCAUUUUCCCCAGCUUGCAAGGAAGAGUUCGGACAUGCGACCCUUCAUGGACGCGUGGGAUAAGAGGAUGUCUGACGUCGACGUCUUCGUCCAACAGCACGAGGGAGACACCUACUCCUCGUCCUCCUCCUCCUCGUCGGAGGAGGAGGACGACGAAGAGACGCCUGAGUCCCGAGUUCGCGACGUGGGCAAUCCGUCCUCUCCCUCUGAUGGGUCAAAAUACGCCAAGUGCGGCAUCCUCCACCUAGAGUCGUGCAACGUCAUCGUCAAAGAAGGCGACGGGGCUCUCGUGUGCAAGGACUGCCCAGAAGACAUCGACUCCGGUGAUGACGGAGCACGCGCUACAAAGAGGCGGAGGAAAGCCGAGAAGGUGACGUUGCCGGAGGGCGAGAGCACUGUGGAGGUGGAUACGAGCAUACGUGUUGUGGUGUCGGAUGUGUUCGGCCACUCGCUAGGCUACAUCCCACACGCACGACAUGUCAUCCAGUUGGAAAACUUGCCCGCCGGGGCACCCAACGGGGGCUCGCGGACGUUCUUUCCUCCGACCGCAUCGCAGUAUUUCAUCGCGAGGUUCACCAACGCCGGCGACACGGUGCUAGGAGUUGGCGUCGAAAGUACAACAGUCGCAGAGGAUGCCAUCUCACGGGGGCGCCGGGUCGAGUUUUACGUGACGGAUGAGUCCAAGCGCGCUAGUCUGCAGGCGAAGAUCAGCUCGAGCUUUCACAAGGCGCACAGCUCGGGCAUGUUCCAGAGCCGACGUGGAGGGAAGGAGGUUGUGGUCGGUCCGAACUGCUUACCUGCUGGCCUUCCGCCGUCCAAUGUGCCCGAGCGUGUGUCCGUNGCAGCACACAGCACCCUCAAAGCGGCACUGGAGAAGGAACCAGACGUUCUUACGGCAUCUUACACCGUAGCUCAGACGAUCGCCAAGACAACCCACCUCACCCUUCAGGGUGACCACCACAGCCCCAAGCUAGUGAUGAAGAAGCCGAGGAGAGCCAGUAAGGCGCCGAAAGAGGUGUCCGACAUCCCCGUGUGGGGCGAAUUGAUCGUUUACCCUUCGCCCCAGGCCGCCAAGGAUUCGCUGACCCAGGAGGAGGUGGAUGAAGAGUACGUUCGUCUCCUUCGAAUCGCCACCAACGCUCAGCUUCAGCUUAUGCUGGAACCGGGUACGGAGCGUUGCACUCCUGAGGCAGCGUUGUACUUGAGGGUAGCUGCGACGUGCCCCGUCUUUUGGGUGAGGUCGGAAUCAAAGACAAAGGCCGACCUUGACAUUAGCUGUGAUAUCCCUCAGCGCGGCCUUCGGGCGAACAUUCUAGAGACUGUCAGCUCUUCUGGCGACGGAAGUAGUGGUAGUGCGGUGAGGGUCUGUCAUGUUCGAAACAAGCCAUCCGCAACAAGUAACUACAAGGAAGAGGCUCUGUUCGUUAGCACGGAAUGUCGGCGAAUCGUUGGUUCGUUGAUGUUCGACUCUGUCGUAGCAGGCGUUCAGGACGGGGAGGAUGAGGAUGAAGAGGAGUGAUGAGGCUUUUUAGCACUUGUCGGCGGUGCUCAAUAAAAACACCAGGGGGAUCGUGCAUAGCUACUAAGAUAUAGGUAGGUGGCGAUUGCUCUCUUUUGGGUAUCUGUUUUCGGCCGUGUUCGUAUUCUUCGGCUGUGUUCAACUAUCAGUAAAAUAG